ACCCAACGAAGUUCUCCCCAUCGCCCUACAGCGCCCAACGCCACUUUUGGCCAUGGCGGCCGACUCCGACGUCGCCGUCUACUACGUUCGCCGCCACGGCGUGAAGUCCUCGGUGGUGGCCGUUCCGCCCUUGGGGGACUUCUGCACCUCCUACCAUCUCCAAGCCCCCCCAGAUGCCACCAUCGUCUUGGUGGCCAACGAUGGUGGUGGAGAUGUCACCAUGGAUGGGAGACCUUUAGGUGGCACCGGUUGGCGCCGAGCGCCAAUAGGGGAUCUCUGGUGGCGGCGGGUGACGUUGGGGACGAGUGGUGGUGGUGGUGGUGGUGGUGGUGGUGGUGGUCACCACCUGUGCCGACUCAACGGGACCUUUGGGGUCUUGAGCUCCAGCGUGGAGCAGGAUGAGGAGGAAUCCGGGAUCCAAGUAAAGUGCGAGUGUGACAUUCCCAAAUCCUGCGCUGAGGUCCUUUGCCCUCCCGGCACGCGCUGCCGCCUCUCCUCCUGCCGUCCCCGCUGCGAAGCCGUGCCUGAUGCCACCUGCCACCUCCACCGCCGCGUCCGCACCUUCUCCGACGCCUCCAUGGCGUUGCCCAUCCCGUGCCGCUACGUCCUGGCCCGGAGCUGCCGAUCGGAUCCUUCCCUUCCAACACCUUUCAGCGUGGAGGCCCGGAUCCUUCCCAAAGGCAUCUCCUCCCUCCGGAUCCGGGUCUACAACCUCACCGUCACCACCAGGAGGGGACAGAGGAGAUUCAUCCAGGUGAACAAUCAGAGCUUCCGACUGCCGGUGUCCUUCCAUGGGAAUCGCAUCCUCUUAUCCCGGCACGGAAGUGGAAUCCUCUUCCAAACCGACUUCUCCCUCCACGUCUCCUACGAUUCCAAAGGAUCCACCACCAUCUCCGUUCCCGGCGUUGUCCCUCAACACCUCUGCGGCCUUUGCGCCGACGGCUUUUCCGAUGACGAUCCCGGUUCUUCCGAGUCCUUCUGCGAGCGUUUGGCUAAGGGAGAGCUCUUUGGGAGAUGCCGGAGGGUGGUGGAACCUUGGGAUCACCUGGAAGGAUGUACGGAAAAGCCGUGCGGAAAAGAGAGCGUCUGCCGGGCUCUGGCGAACUACGCCGCCGCCUGUGCCGAGCGCGGAGUGGAAGUGCCGGAGUGGCGGAGGGAGGAGGGAUGCGCCCCAUCCCGCCCGGAAAACACCUCGACCUCCUCCCAGGAAACCUACGGAUGCAACCACGGACUCGCCUUCCUCAACGGCAGCUGCGUGGCCACCACCUCGGAGCCUCCUGGUUGCCACCACGACGGCCAUCAUUACGCCCCCGGCCAGAAGGUCUGGGCAGGAGACAACUGCACCCAACGUUGCGUCUGCGACGGAGAAGAACAUCGGAUGCGGUGCCGGGAGGAAUGUUGUCGCCGAGGGGAGCGAUGCCGGGUGGAAAAGGAGGUGGUUGGAUGUCAUCCUGAGAGUUACGGGAAGUGCAGCUCCGGGAGGGAUCAGAGCUACGUCACCUUCGAUGGUCACCGCGGUGGGUUUGGAGGGAGAUGCCUCCAGGAGUUCGUUGGGACGUGCGAAGCCGCUGAGGGGUUGGUGGACUUCCAAGUGUUGGUGAGGAAUGAGGGGAAGAGGCCGUACGGAGUCGCCGUCGCCCGAACGGUCCACGUCCUUCUGGAAGGGCACAACGUUACCCUCAGCCAUGAAUUCCCGGAAAAGGCCAUGGUUGAUGGUCUCCUGGUCCACCUCCCCCACGUCCUCCUUGAGGGCAACAUCUCCAUCUCCCGCCGGGGUUGGGGCACCUCCUUGAUCACCUCUUUCCACUUGACCAUCUCCUUCGAUGGACAAAGCCACUUGGCCGUCACCGUUCCGAGCUCUUAUUCCGGAUUUCUCCGUGGCCUCUGCGGUGACUUUGAUGGUGAUCCCCAUAACGACGUCCUCAAAGUGGUGACAACAUCUACACCGGGUUGCGAAGAGCCACCGCCGCGGCCGUGUUCCCGUUUGGACGUCAUCGCCCGCAAGCAAAGAGACACCAACGAGGAAUGUGGACUCAUCCUCUUCCCUGAAGGACCUUUCCGAGGUUGUCAUUCCAAGGUUGACCCCGAAAGCUUCUUCCAGGAUUGCGUCAUGGAUUACUGCGUCUUCCGAGGACACAAAGGCGUCGUGUGUCAAGCGUUGAAGGGUUACGCCGCCGCUUGCCAGGAGGUCGGAGUGGACCUGGAGGAGUGGCGCUCCAAGAACGUCUGCGCCCCUUCUUGUCCUCCUCAUUCCCACUACCAACUCAACGGCACUUCGUGUCCCACCACGUGCGCUCAAUCCCACCGCCGGGACCUCUGUGACCUUCCGAGGACCGAAGGUUGCUUCUGCGACGACGGUUUCCUCCUCAACGGCGACCGUUGCGUUCCACCAUGGCUUUGUGGUUGCCACCACGGCGGACGUUACCACCACCGCGGAGAAGAAUUCUACCCGGAAGAAGGUUGUUCCCAACGAUGCCGUUGUACGGCGGAAGGGACGGUGACCUGUUGGACAUCUCCGUGUCCUCCAGGAUGGGAAUGUCGAGUGGAGAACGGAGUCCGCGGUUGCCACGGUGGACACGGAGGACGUUGUGUCCUCUUGGGAAGACGGCGGUUGGUGACCUUCGAUGGGAGGAAGGUCACCUUCGGGGCGGAGUGCGGCGGUUACGUCGUGGCCAAGGUGUGCCGGGGAGGGGGUCAACGCUUGGAGGUGACGGUGGACAACCAGGGAGGGGUCACCGUCUCGGUCGAGGGCGUGGCGGUCACCAUGAAGAGUGGGAGGACGUCGACCGUGGACGUGGACGGGAAGACCCACACUCUCCCUCUUUCCGUCGGCGACGGAAAAGUUUGGGUAUUCCAAGAAGGAAACAACGUCCUCCUUCAAACAACCUUCGGCCAUCGGAUCGUCUCCGUGGAUACCGUUGUCCUCUUGGUCACCAUUCCCACCGCUUUUUCCGGGCGGAUGUGUGGCCUCUGCGGUGAUUUUGACGGCAACGGAGAUAACGAUUUCCUGGAAACCAACGGCAAACGCAUCACCGGGAUCCAAGAAUUGAUGGAAACCUGGAAAAUCCCGGAUGAAUCCAUCCCUUGCGUUGAGGUCUGUCCAACGUGUGUUGUCCAUCCGUCGGAUACCACCGGAUGGUACCGGAAGGAGACGUCGUGUGGGAUGAUGGUGGUGACUCCGGGACCUUUUAGCGGCUGUCACGGGAAGGUUGAUCCGGAAGAAUUCUUGGAAUAUUGUCUUCAGGAGAUGGUGGUUACGGAAGGAGCGAUGGAUACGCUGUGCCGGAGUCUCCAAGCGUAUACGGCGGCGUGUCAGGAAGUCGGAGCGCCGGUGGAGAGGUGGAGGACGGAGACCUUCUGCCCCUUUCCGUGCGGCUCCCACAGCUCCUACUCCCUCUGCGCCCACUCCUGCGCCGGCGGCUGCGCCCGUCUGGGCCACCGCGUCCCCUGCCACCGCGUCCCCUGCUUCGAGGGGUGCACCUGCUCCGAAGGCUUCUACAGCCACGGCCACCGCUGUGUCCUUCCGAGCACCUGCGGAUGCUUCCAGGAUGGACACUACCUCCAGGUGAUGGAGAACCUCCUGGUGGACAACUGCACCCAACGCUGUACCUGUUACCUUCACGGCACUCUCAUCUGUGAGAAGUUGUCCUCCUCCUCCUCAGCGGUGGGAUGUGACACAGGUGGUGGUUGGAGGACCUCUGUGGCUCCAGGAGGACCCUGAAGACCCCAACUCCCCGUUUCUCACUCCAAAAUCGUUGUGGUUCUCCGAUUCCUUCUGGAAUAAAGGCCCCCAAAAAUAGGAAGAAAUGGAUCGUUCUUUGAUAGUGGUUU